AGGCUUUAAGUCUCUGUACAUAGGGCUAGAGCUAUCAAUACUAGGCGUCAUCACUUCUAUUAACCUGCCUAUCCAUCGCUUCCCUUACAGAUACGUGCCUAAAGCCGCGUAGAUUCUCGGCCGCGAGAAUAUACGACACGAGGACUUCGUCGCUAGCCGAUCUAGCCCGGUACUAGGCGAUUAUUAGCGCGUUAUAGAGGGAGAGCACACCUCACGGGUAUUGGGGCUAAAUCUAUCUAGUCCGAUAGAGGGACCGACAACGGAGAGUUGGGUUUGUGAUGGUGAUGUGGUCUUGAGGAGCGAAUCUUGUCUUGGAUAGUUGUACUGGCACAUCAGUCUUUUCCCCUUUGCCGGAUCUCCUUGGUCUGCCCAAAUCCCACCCAACAAUGCCGGCUCGGAAAUCAGGGGCAUCGAAAAGGGCAACUCCCGCCUCCCGAAAAUCCCACAAGCGUCAAUUAUCCCAAGUCACUCCAUUGGCGUCGCCUGGGAGCAGGACUUCGAAGAGGUUGAAGGAGUCUGCCGAGAAGGGUCAAAGUCGCGGCAAGGCCACUCCCACGAAAAGCAAGUACUUUCAGGAGCCAGACAGCGAGGAUGACGACGACCUGGACACCAUGGAGGACGAGGACGAGGACGAAGAGUCGGGCUAUGAAGACCACGACGCAUCCGGAACAGAUCAGCCCUCGACCGAGGAGCCUGACACAGAAGACGACGACGACGACGACGACGACGACGACUCUGACGAGCAGACCAAAAGGAAGAGAAAGCCGGUGAGCAAGAAUAGGAGUGGCAUCGUCGGCGGCGUCCAGGCCGUGGCCAAUGCGGUGCUGGAAAAGGGCAAAGAACUCUGGAGACCCGGAGUGAAGACGGGCUUGGGACCGGGCAAGCAGGUCUUCAUCGAGAAACCCAAACCCAGAGGUGAUGGAGGCAUCAAGUAUGUUGCUGAGAAGAUCCAUCCGAAUACAAUGGCUUUCUUGAAAGAUUUGAAGGCGAACAAUGACAGAGAAUGGCUGAAGAUGCACGAAGUUGACUACAGAGUCUCUUGGAAGGACUGGGAAGGUUUUGUAGAAACCUUGACCGAGAGGAUUACAGAGAUUGAUGAAACCAUCCCUGAGUUGCCGCCAAAGGACCUGGUCUUCAGAAUCUAUCGAGACAUCCGAUUCUCUUCUGAUCCCACUCCUUACAAACCUCACUUCGCUGCUGCAUGGUCUCGAACGGGCCGUAAAGGACCGUAUGCAUGUUACUAUGUACAAAUUCAGCCUGGAGGCAGAAGUUUCGUUGGUUCUGGUUUGUGGAUGCCAGAGUCCCAACCACUGGCCCUCCUGAGAGCGAAUAUCGACCGCAAACCGACGAAACUGAGAAGGGUCCUCUCGGAGACUCAAUUGCGGAAAGAGGUUUUGGGUAUCGCGUCGAACGACGAGAAGAAGGCCAUCAAGGCCUUUGCCGACCAGAACAAGGAAAAUGCGCUGAAGACAAAGCCGAAGGGCUACGAAGCAGACAACCCAAAUAUCGAACUCCUUCGGCUGCGAAAUUUCACCCUAGGGAAGAGAAUCCCAGACGAAAAGGUGAUGGGGGAGCAGGGACUGCAGACCAUCAUCGAGUUAAUUCGCGUCAUGGUACCUUUUGUCACAUACCUCAAUAGUGUCGUAAUGCCAGACGAUGACGAAUCUAGCAACGAUGAGGCAACUGAGUGAGGAGGCAGUAGGAUGGAGGUUGAUCAUGCGAAUCCUCGCCACAUUCUUUCGGACAAAGGUUUGUGGUGGAGGCAAGGACUUGGGAGUCCGCGGCCUUUGUGUGAAUUGUAGAGUGGCUCAUGCAUGGACACAACUCUGAAGAAGUUCAACGCCCUGUAACAUCUGAUCACUUGCCUUUUGCUCCAUCCAGAAUUCCUCUGUGACAUUCAGGUCUCUC